AUGGCAUGCACUAUCACGGCAUGUCAGGCCAUUUUCCAUGGAAAAUGUCUAAACGCGGACGAGAGUGAGUUCGAAGCACUGAGGGCAUUACGAAAACAUUGGGUAUGCCCGAAAUGUGAAAAGGCUCGGAAAAAUAUCAAACCGACAGACAAGUGCCUUAGCCCGCCAAGAUCGGCGCCACAACAACAAACUGUCGACAGCACGUCACAGCUGUUACUUGCUGCCAUUAAAAGUCUAACAGAAGAGGUCAAGGGAUUAAAAUUCUCCCUCGAUGCCAAUGCUAACGAGCUUACUCUAAUGCUGCUCAAAGAUAUGAAAGCUAACCCAGCCAUCCAAAAUUAUGCAGGAGCUACCCCUUACGGUGUGUCGCGUGGUCGUACAGGUAUCAUCAUGGCACUUUUAGCUUAUGGUGCUUCUCCAGAAAUCGAUGAUGAAUCAGAAGAUGAAGACGAUGAUGAAUCAGAUGAUUUCCAAAUUUACGGGUUUAAGGAUCUUCAUAUCAAUGGAGUUGUGAAUGCUACUGCUUAG